AUGCCUACAAAUGCUAUAUUCUUUCUCGUGAUGUUAUGGCCUAUAACUGCUAAGACCAACUUAUUUCGGCCACACAAGACUUGGAAGUUCGGCAAUCGUCGGCAGCAUGCAAGAAAUCUCGACCUGACAGAUAACAUAUAUUACCUCCCGAAAACUUACAAGGACGAGGAAGCGUUUAAUCACACCAAAUCACUUUCGUUUGAAGACGUUGUUAAAGGGCUACGAGAUAUUGGUAUUUUGGACCUUCCCAAUGUAAGGUAAGCUUAACGAUCAUCAACCGAAAUUUCCUUCAACAUCAGAGAAACCUCGGAUUCCUUGCAGUUUACAAGAAAAAUAGCUUUCGACCAAUGAGCGAGAGCGAAUUUCUUCAGUUAAAGAUAUACAAAUCAAAUUUUUCUGUCCUUCUUUUUAGCGUGAUUCGUAUGUCAAAUUCGACCCAGCCACAGGAUCACGCCUCACCAGCGACUGUACGAUUAGAGAAGAGACAUUGCAGUAACCCAUGCGGGGGAUGCUCUACAGAAACAACAGCGGAAAGGUAUAACCUACAUGGGGUUGCAGGAUUAAAGGUUUGGCCAGUCAAAUGCAAUGUUGCCAUCUGUUUUAACGGUCAAGGAGAAUGUCAGAAGAUAAAACGUCAUUACAAAUUGUUCGGCAAGGUUCAAGGCGACUGGAAGAGCAAAACGAUUGAGGUCGAUGUCGAUUGUGCUUGUACGCGAUCUCCGUAA